UGCGUGCAAACAGUUAACAGCUUAACCUAGAUAAAUCCUGUCUCUGGGUACGAGAGCCAUUAAAAACUUGAGAAGCUGUCAAAGUUAAACCGAUUUUUGCCGUGGAAGCAAGUAGCGUGCUCCUACAUCAGACUGAUAGUGUACCUUCAUUGUCUGAGGAAAAUCAGGACACGCUCUAAAGGAGGAACAAUAAAUACUGGAUGAUGUCGACAAUGAGCAACGGCUCAGAGGGAAAGGAUCGCGACCUCGUGGUGGUGGGUACCUUUAUCCACGCUCUCGGACUGGGACAGGUGGAGAUCUUAGAGGAGACGGCGCUUGGAGUGAGGGCAGGAAAGAUUGUGUUCAUUGACAAAACGAAAAACCUCGCAGACCGGCUGAAGGAAUUCUCGAUAACUCCAGACAAGUGUCUCCAUUUGGAAAAACAUCAGUUUGUCAUACCCGGAUUCGUAGACAGCCACGCUCAUGCCCCUCAGUUACCCUUCAUGGGAACCGGAAGUGAUCUCCAGUUGUUGCCAUGGUUAAAGAAGUACACUUACCCAACAGAGGCCAAAAUUGCGUCAAAUCACGAAUAUGCUACUGAGGUCUACAAAAAGUGUGUGACACGAACCCUGAAGUCUGGCUCUACCACCGUGUGUUACUACGCCACCAUAGAUGUACGGUCAACUCUCACGCUCGUGGACAUAGUGGAGAGUGUGGGACAAAGAGCGUACAUUGGCAAAGUCAACAUGGACAGGAACUCCCCCGACAACUACAUACUCACAUCAGUGAAAACCUGGACGAGGUGAAAGCCGUAACAGAAAUGUUCCCUGACUGCCAGAGCUACACAGAUGUUUAUGACCAAGCAGGACUCCUGGGAGAGAGACCUGUGUAGUGGUGUACUGGAUGUUAGACGCCCUCUACAGGCAGGUGUCAAGGUUGGAUUAGGAACAGAUUUUGCCGGUGGAAAUAGUCCGUCCAUGUUAGACGCCAUCAAAAGGGGCAUGGAGGCGGCGGUAGUGACGUCACUGAACGCCAGUGAGAAGGAAGACGGUGGCGAGAGACUGUCGUACAAAGACAUGUUCUUUUUGGCAACUUUGGGCAGCUGUCAGGUGAUGGGUCUGGAGGGCGUGGUGGGAAACUUCACUGUUGGCAAAGAUUUCGACGCUCUGGUCAUCGAUCCAAAGGCUGACGACUCUCCGUUUGACGUUUUUGCAGAAGAGACGAUUGAGGAGAGGUUUCAGAAAUACUUAUUUUUGGGUAUGUGGAGGAAGAAUGUGCGCAGUUUUUUCUCUUGUCGUCAUUGAUGUUGAGUCUACAAUAGUUAGUGACGUGUUGUUGUUGUUGUUGUUGUUGCUGUUGUUGUUGUUGCUGCUGCUGUU